AUGACGUUUGUGAAGUUAGAGAAUUGUAAAAAUUGUCGAUUCUUACCUCCUUUUGGCCAGUUACCUUGUCUGAAAAGCCUUUGGAUAAAAGGACUGGCCAGUGUUGAAAGUGUGGAUGCUAAGUUUUAUGGAGAGUGUAGCUUGCCUUUUCCAGUGUUGGAAGACCUAAAGUUCGAGGAUAUGCAAAAUUGGAAGGAGUGGCUUCCUUGCAAAAGAGAUGAAGAAAUUCAAGAUUUCUCGUGCAUGGAAAAGCUUUCCGUCCUUAGUUGCCCCAAAUUGAAAGGUUGGUUGCCCAAGAACGUGGAUUCAUUAUCAGAGCUGUAUAUUGUUGAAUGUGAAGAGUUAGUGGUUUCAAUCGCCAAUUAUAAACAUGUACAUAAGUUGUGCAUCAACGGUUGUAAAAGGGUGGUGCACAGAAGUGGAGUUAAGUUUGAGUUACUGGAGGAUAUUGAGCUCUCAAGUAUUCCAGAGUUCAUACUCAAAAUAGAUGGGUUCAUCAGAGGAUUAACAAAUAUUCAAAGAUUGCGGAUUACUGGUUGUGAAGAGUUGACAUGUUUAUGGGAGAAUAAGGAUACAUGGCUGCAGUGUCGGAUUUCUAAUAUUAUUGGAGGCAACAUCUCUCACUCCCCUUCUCACUUUAUUCAAGAGCUAAGAGCACUCAAGUCACUUGUGUUAACUGGAUGCUCAAAUCUAAUUUUUUUUCCAGAAGCUGGUUGGCCACCUUGUCUUGAAUAUGUAAAGAUGGAGUCGUUGAAGGAUGCUGGGGAGCUAGAAAGUUGUCUGGAGGGCUUGGAGAUUACAGAGUGUGCAUCUUUGACAUCCUUAUCAGGCAAAGGAGGCCGACUACCCAGAGCAUUCAAAUAUCUUUUGAUAAGUGACUGUGAACAAUUGGAGUCAAUAAUCGAAACAUUCCAUGAGGACACUUGUCUUGAAGAUCUUAGGAUAGAGAAGUGUGCAAAUCUCAAAUCCUUACCAGAGGGGCUAUGCCAUCUCUCCACUCUUCGCAAGUUACUUAUACUCGAAUGUGGAAGUCUCGUUUCCUUCUCGAGAGGAGGGUUGCCAUCCAACCUGAUAGACUUGGAUAUCUUCAUUUGUGAUAAAUUGGAAGCCCUCCCCAAAGGCAUGGACAACCUCAGCUCUCUUCAGACUUUGACGUUGGGAUACUGUGGAGGUUUGGCAUCCAUUCUAGAAGAGGGUUUCCCACCCAACCUAAUUAAUCUUCAAAUUGUCAAUCCCAAAAGCUGCAAGCCUCUCUCAGAGUGGGGGCUUCACCACUUGGACAGACUCACCUCUCUUAUAGAAUUGGAUAUCUCCGGUGUAGAUCCAGAUCUGGUGUCCUUUCCGCCAAAGGAGGUGCUGCUCCCUAAAUCUCUCAUUAAACUCCACAUUGGAGAAUUCCCAAAUCUUAAGCGCCUGUCAUCAUCUUUUCAAUCACUCACCUCUCUUGAAUCCCUUUCAAUUUGUUAUUGUCCGAAGGUAGCAUCUAUUAUUCCAGAACAAGAGGAUCAUCUGCCUCUUUCACUUACACAGCUUCGCAUCUAUGGGGGCUGUCCGCUGCUCACAAAGAAAUAUCAACCUGGUAAAGGACGACACUGGCCCAAAGAAAUAGCCCACAUCCCUUAUGUUUAUGUUGGAUACUUCAAGGACGAAGCCAGAGCCGACCGGUGCCAACAGCACAUGCCUAUGGAGUUCAUUUCCCAUACACCACCAUCGCCAUCAAACUAA